AUGAUGUGUGAGAGCGAUAACGAAAGUGAGAACAAUUCGUCGGCUCACAUUUCUGUUUUUGAGCAACGCGCAUACAUUAAAAUCGAAACGAUUCGUGGUAAAACAGUGCCUGAAAUUCAUGCCGCGUUAAAUGAAGUGUGUGGAACGGAUACUGUGGAUCGUAGUACGGUGCAAAGAUGGCAUCAGCGAUUCCGUGAUGGUCGUAUAAGUAUUGAUAACAGCCCUCGCUCUGGCCGACCCUCUACGGUUACUCAAGACAACACUAACGCGGCUAUUCUCGCAACUCUACUCGAUGAAGACCGACGAAUAACGGCGAGAGAGAUAGAUAAUGAAAAAUUGCGACCGGAAAUCCGUAAAAAGCGACCAAGAAUGUUACAAAAUGGUGUGUCCAUAUUGCACGAUAAUGCGCGGCCGCAUAUCGGAGCACCAGUCGUCGCUCUUUUGGAGAAAUAUGGACGGGAACGCCUCAAACACCCACCGUAUUCGCCGGAUUUAAGUCCCCCGGACUUUGAUUUAUUUCCAAAACUGAAGGAACCACUUAGAGGGAUCCGUUUUCCCAACUUAGAUAUACUAAAUGAAGAAGUGAGCCGAAGGAUCCGUGAACUCAACAAAGAUGGCGUCCUAUGCGGCAUUCAAGCGCUCCCGAAACGAUGGCAAUCGUGUAUAGACAAGCAGGGAGAUUAUAUCGAAGGUCUAUAAUAUUGUAUUUAGUUUAAAAUAAAAACUUAUUUAUUCAGAGC